CCAAGAUGUGAACAAUGAACUACAUAUAUGCGUCAAUAAUCUGUUAUGCGGUUUACUUUAUCCACUUCCUUGUAUUUUUGUUCGAUGCGCUUUGGGAAAGACCCACUCACAGCUUCGUGAAGCUCUUCGGCCUCCAUAUUCGCUGCGACUUGCACGAUUUUGAGGGGUUACCCGCUAGCCACGCAUGGCGGUGGAAGACGGCAGGACUUUGGCGGGCGCGUCUGCUGACAAAGGCCCAAUGUUGUGGGGUGGUUGCUUCCAUCGUAGAACGCUCGGAUCGAGUGGAGCUACUGCUAGACGACGGCACGGCACUCGUCAAGGCGGUACUAUGGGGGGAGGGGGUCCACGCCCAAGUGGCGCUGGGAGAUCUCGUCCACGUGGAAGGAAAACUUAAUGUGGACAAGAACUGGGACGCAGUAGAGCAGUCCCGAGAGCUCCGGAUCCUUCGAAUCUCGAAGGUGGAAGACCCGAAUGAAGAGCUGCUGCAUUGGGCACAAGUGAUGGAGCUGGAGAAGGCCUAUUAUUCUACUACAGAGGAAUCCUUCGACACAUCAGUUGGGGCUGGCGGCGACGCCAAUGCUGGAAAAUGCUGGGAGGGUAUUGCCACUGAGGCGUUUUUCUGUCUUACCAUCGACCCCAGCAGUAAGCAGCAGUUUCUAGGCCGACGCGACCGUGAUAUUCACGAUGACAUACUGCUAGAGACUCUCGAGUCUAUUCUCCAUCAGCAGAAGACGAGUAGCACCAAAGAAGUCAUUGCUAUCACUUUCAGUGACCACAUCCGUGGAGGUGAAUGUGACGUGAUUACGAAGGGAGAGGCCCAAGCGAUCAACAAGAACAAUAGGAUUCGAGCAUUACAGUUUGUUUUCCGGAGGCUACGUCGUGCAGGAUUAUUAUUCCUGGAAGACGACCAGGCUGAUCGUCAUAUUUUGCUAAGUUUUGAGGCUGUUUUGAAGCCAGCGCUUCUGCAGUUGCUUCGAGGUGAGCUCUGAGAGUCAAGGAUACAUGGGCUUGUUCUUCCUCGACUGAUCAUUACUCCCUUCCUACAGACUACCCGCAAGGUCGCUCUAUUCCAGAAAUCGCAGGUGCAAUACUGAUCCAGGACCAAUUCAAGUGCAUCCCGCUGCAUUGGAUUGAGACCAGCCUCGGACAUCUUGUAGCGUCCCAGUUAGUAGUCCAAAGAGAGGAGUCGCAGCUGUUCUUUAUCAAGUGACGCAAACAAACUACUUCGAAAUACCUGGCUAACUACAACUACGAUGUCAUCGUUCUUGCCUCCAGGUAGUAUACCCACGCUGGAAGUUCCUUUAGCUGCGGGCAGGAUACGAAC